UGCCGAUUGCAGCGAAACGGUAUCAAAGUUAAGUUUGCUUUCGAUUCAUUCACAACCUCUUCAGCGUGUGCUAGUGCAGUGCAAUCGUGCCAACGGUUCAAACAACAAACGCAGCAAAAUGUUCGCAAAGGUAUUCGUUGUUCUGGCCGCCGUCGCCGUCGGUGUCAACUCGGUUGCUAUCGGAGUCGCUGCUCCGGCCACGCUGGUAAAGACGGAAGAGUACGAUGCUCACCCACAGUACAGCUUCAGCUACGACGUCAAGGACUCGCUGACCGGCGACAACAAGCAGCAGCACGAAACCCGCGACGGCGAUGUUGUGCAGGGUCAGUACUCGCUCGUUGAGCCCGAUGGCACUCGUCGUACCGUCGACUACACGGCCGAUCCUGUGAACGGAUUCAACGCCGUCGUCAGCAAGACUGCCGAUGCCGCCGUCGUUAAGACUGUUGCCGCCGCCCCCGUUGCCCAUCCCGUCGUGGCCUACCAUGCGCCAACCGUUGCCGUUGCCCAUGCUCCGGCCGUUGCCGUUGCCCACGCCCCAGUGGCCUACCAUGCACCGGCUGCCACCACCUACGUCUCGCACGCUCCAGUCCUUUCGCACGCUUCCGUCCUUUCGCACGCCCCGGUCUACUCGCACGCCCCAGUCUACUCGCACGGACCCGUCCUUUCGCACGCCGUCUACCACCACUAAGCGCUAGAGGAACGGACCAGGCUACACGGGAAAGAUAAUGGAUGUCGCAUGAUGAUAAAAGGACCCCGCGAUGCAACCCUACGACUCAGGCCAUACGCACACACGCACACGUAAUCUAGAGGGAGUGGCGCAUACAGUAGAAUUGCAGACCGCAACCCCUACACGGAAGCCUCGAUUGACUCAGAUUUGUUCUGUUUGAUUAGUUGUUAGAUUUAAUGCGAACAGUAUUGCAGUAUGUACGUACUUUGUUUCCUAUCGCGCAAACUAUCGACUUUCGAUGCACUCUCUCGCUCUCUGUAAUUGAGUUUUCUUCCUACUGUUUGAUUUUAAUGAUUUCAUAUUUUCUUGUUCUAUUUUGUGUUUGAAGUGUGCCCUCACCCUUUCUAUAGGGUGAUGGGUACCUGACUACGAGAUUACUAUUGCGAUGAAAUAAAGUAUAAUGUUCUGCCCCUGCUACGUUUUAUACGAUAACGUAUAAGGAAAACUAAAA